AUGCCUUCUAAUGGUUCUGCUUUCUAUGAAGAAGAGGACACCGUGAGUGAUCUCAAUUCGGGUCGAGCACGGGAGAAGAAUGAGCUUCAGAAUUUCGAUCUCGAUGAUAACGAUGAACAGCACAACGACCUGUACGCUUUCAUACUCGCAAUAAUGAUCGGUUUCGCUGUCUACCGAUUGCUCCAAGAGCCGAAUAUAGUUGAUCCUUCUUGAUCACUCGGAACAUAUAAUAAAUCGGUUUCAUCGGAAAAAACGGAAACUAUUUGACAUGUCCUUAAGGGGCAGCAAUUUGGGCAUUUCCGACUUUUCCUCGACUGUAGGGGUUGUCAGGUUGCCCCAAGUGUCUCCAUUACUUCUAUAGGCUAAGAUCUUCUAGUUUUGUCUCGAUUGGAUACACGAGAACACUUGGUACGAGCACAAGAGUCGGAACUGUUCAGAUUGCUGGAAUGUUCUUAAGGGGCAGCAAUCUGGACAUUCCCGCGGGACUUGGUAAGCAAUUUUUCUAUUCAAUCACUUUGAACAUGUCCAUUUUUCAGCACUUUCUUUAUUCUGCUCAAAUAUCGGUACGAAUUUCUACAAGCUACAGGAGUUAGAGAGAAGGAGAUCGAUCUAUAA